GAGCAGGGGCCCUGGGUGUGAGGGGCAGGCUGGCAAAGCAGAGCUGCAGCCUCAGUGGCGUCACUGAGUAGCGGGAGCACAGGAGCGGGAGCAGCAGGAGCGGGAGCAUAAGUCACUGCGAGCUGUUGCUAAGCUGAGAGCAGCUUGAGUGCUGUCAGGAUUCAGCGGGUGUUUGACAUUGCAAGUAUGACACAAUUCAUCAACCUUGUCAUUUGAAGGAGAGCUUGACUGUACCAGGUUGAAAGUGCAGAGAUACCAUCAUGGCAAACGAGGCGGCAGCAAGUGGGGGGCAAGUACUUUUCUCCAACAAUCCUCUGCUAAGAGUCAUCGACAAGAAGGAGACAAUCAGUCUCGCUAGGCAUGCUAGUGCACAGCCAGCUACCAACAGCUCUGAACUGAAUGAUUGCAAAUGUGAUCAUGACCGAGUCGAAGCACCUGCCAUCUUUGCGUGUCCUUCACUUUCAUGUCCACAGCCUCCCAGCCCAGGCCCUCGUUGCACCACCAUGGCAAAGACAGAUUGUGAAUCUCCUUCAGGCAACUUGUCGAGCAGGGCAGCAGGAACGAGUACCCACAAAGGAAUCCUAGAGGGAGAAUCGUCGGAGCAGACUGAAGUUUUCAACAAAGAUGACGCUAGUCAAAGGCUCAAGAGAACACUGCAUCGAGUCGCUCUCCUCCGACAGCAGGCAACUUCUCCAGUCAGUCCUCAGAAGCCGGCACAAUCUGAGCGGAACUCUAGGGAUCUUCAGAGAAACGAUUUUGCAGCAGCAAGGA